AUGAAUUUAACACUUUAUUUUGCAUUUGAGACAGAAUAUUAUCUUGCAGAAGACUGGCUUGAUCCAGCAACAAACAUGAAAGUACAUGUUCAACUUGUCUUGUUAUUUCUUGGUGCUAUUAUGGAUGUUUCUGGUGAUAGUUUUCUCGGGUUUGGUCUCUCCGUGGACAUUUACUUUCCGGACUCCUACAAUAAUUACGUCAAAGACCAGUUAGUCAUAUUCGAUAGCCACCGAAACACAAGUGAAUCCAAUUAUCCGAAUACCAUCUUGUUUUACCUUUACACGAAAUAUAGCAGAGACGAUUUUGUACGAUUAUACGUUAACGACAUUCAGACCUUAAAAAACAGUCCAUUUGAUGUUAAAAAACCGACGGUAUUUAUCACCCAUGGACUGGCGAACUCUUAUCAAAGCCCAGUUUGCACCUACAUUCGUGAAGCAUAUAAUAAACACGGUGAUUACAAUAUUAUCGUAAUCGACUGGGCUGUCAUAGCCUCGGGUGGACCAUUCUGGGUUUCUAGACAGGUUGCGAAGGUGGCAAAAUAUGCCACUCGCAUGAUUGAUUUUCUCGAAUCGCAAGGAAUGGAUCCAUCGACUACGACAAUAGUUGGCCAUUCUUUUGGCGCUCACCUUGCUGGGCUUACAUCUUACUAUGCGAAGAAGAAGAUGAAUUACGUCGUCGGUUUGGAUCCCGCCGGUCCAAAUUUUUACCUGGAAGGCAAAGGAACGAGACUUUCCAAAGAUGAUGCUACCUAUGUGCAAGUAAUUCACACUUCAAUUCUCUACGGUUUGUUUGAUCCACUCGGUCAUGCUGACUUUUAUGUCCACGGUGGAAGGAAUCAACCUGGUUGCGAGCUUCGAGGAUACUGCUCUCAUUUUCGAGCUUACGAGGUCUUUGCUGAAUCUGUAAAUACCAAGGGAUUCAUAGCACGAAAGUGCGAAAAUUAUAUGUUUUAUAUGGUCGGUUUAUGCGACUCAAAUCAAUCUGUUUAUAUGGGUGGUGUCACACCGGACUACAAUGCUCAGGGAAUUUAUUAUUUGGAUACGAAUUCUAAACCACCGUUCGCGAUGAAUAGUCCUGAUGUGAAAUCCUCGUGA